AUGUCUGGUCCACUGAGUAAACGGCAACAAGCGCGUAACGAACGUAUUUUACACGACCUCAUCAAGAAUGUCCCAGGGAACAAUCAGUGUGCUGACUGUCAAGCUCAAAAUCCAGGAUGGGCGAGUUGGAGCCUUGGAAUAUUUCUAUGCAUGCGCUGCGCUGCACUCCAUCGUAAGCUUGGAACACACAUUACGAAAGUCAAAUCUUUGAGCAUGGAUUCAUGGUCUUACGAGCAAGUUGAGACCAUGAAGAAAAUUGGAAAUAUUGCAUCAAAUCGCAUUUACAACCCCCAAAACAAUAAAGCUUCCAUCCCUUUCGAUGCUGAUGCGGAUUCGGCUAUGGAGAAAUUUAUUCGACAAAAGUAUCAAACCAAUAAUGCCAAGGUUCAAUUAAAGCACGACAUCAGCACAGCUGAAUUAGAUGAUCAACCUCCUCCCCCACCCCCAAAGCACGGGAAUAGGUUUGGCUUUCGGUCGGCAUCUUCAAUUUUCCCUCUAUCCUUGAAGCACAAGAAAGAAGUGUCGCAACAGCAUGGAGCUGCGGUCUCUAGAGCCAGGUCUCCAACAUUGCAGAAAAAUAAACCAUCUAGAGUGUUCGGCGUGUCAUUAGAGGGUGAUAAUGAUUAUGAAUCUAAGAAUAUUAAAUUAUGUGGUAUGGGAUUCACAGACCAGAAAAGAAAUCUAGCUGUUCUGAAGGGACUAGGUGGCGACUUAGAGAAAUCCAUCGAGACUCUAGUAUGCCUAGGAGAUAAUGGAAUCAGACACGAAGAACAAAUAGGGUUUACAUUAACAACAUCGGGGUCGCCUGCACGACUUUCAUCAAACUCAAAUAUCUGCUCACCAAUUUCCAGAAACCCAUUUGAUAUGUUGAAUCCAAGCACCCCAACCGCACAACCUCAAUCUUCGCAAUCCACUGGGGGCUUACACCAGCAACUCGGAACAAAUCCCUACCAGCAACCUCACAACUUUAACCAAUCUGGCUCGAGGCCUUCUCAGUCGCAAUUAAACCUAGACCAAACACUCCAAAAAAUGUCUAUUAACCAAUCCCAACCUCUUUUUCCCAAUCGCACCGGACCAGGAUUUCCCAGUCCUAUACAGCCACAACAAAACAUAUAUCAGCAGUCAAUGACACCUCCCGUUCCAUCUCUACCCUUACAAUAUUUCCCUACAUCAUUACCUCCUAAUAACCCAGACCUACAACCGCAACAGACUCUCGCUUUCAAUCCAUUCUCACAUGUAUCGCAACAAUCACUGGUUAAUACAAAUAAUUUUAGUAAUCCCUUUAUCAGGCAGCAAUCUGCUCCGGAAACUUACCAUCAAAGCUCUCUGAAUAAUUCUUACUCAGAAAUUCCGAAUAGCUCUACAAUGCAACCUUAUCAGCCUACAAAUCCAUAUUUUACACAUCAAACUGUACAGAAUAAUCCCUUCUUUCAGACUCAACUAGCACCGAUAUCAAUUCAUGAGAUCCCAGAACAUGCUUACACUUCUCAACUGCCACAAGCCCAAACAAAUUCAGGCAUGCCUCAGCGCUUUAACAAAGCCGAUACGCAAAGCAUUCUAGAUUUAUUUAACCAUCCAGAACUAGCACCUAGUCGGCUAGCUAGUUGUCAAACCAAUGAUGCAUUUCCCAAUCCAGACUCUCGAAGGGAUUUAGCAAAUCUUUCCCAUGAACAACCACAACCAUCUAAUGAUAAUAAGAAUCCAUUUGCUAGCACCCUUCCUAAUAAUUUAUCAGAGUGUAAAGGAAGUCCUCAACUAGCCUUACAAUGUGAGCAUCAGGAAUGUACCAGUCCAGAUGUUACUGAUUGGAUGAACGGGCGCCAUAGCCCGGACGCCUGGAGAUCCAUAAGUGCAAGAUCUCUAGGCUAA